GAGGAAUAUUCGGAGCACCUUCUUCCAUAUUUGAAAAUCAUGGACCUCUCCAACAAUGCGUUGACAGGGGACAUCCCUGAAGAGCUUGCAAGUUUGUAUGGUCUGCAGAGUUUGCACCUCGCCAGCAACCACUUAGAAGGUGAGAUCCCAGACAAGUUGGGUCGGUUACAACAACUUGAAUCACUAGACUUGUCAAGAAACAAACUCCUUGGGAGUAUACCUUCCACAUUCUCAAACUUGACAUCCUUAAGCGACUUCAAUGUAUCGUAUAACAAAUUGACAGGAAGAAUACCAUCAGGCAACCAAUUCAACACCUUGACAGACCCCUCCAUUUACAUUGGUAAUCAUCUUUGUGGAUUCCCUUUGACUGAUAAUUGUACUAAAGGUGGUGGACCAAAUCAGGAAAAGCCAAGUGAUCAUGGAAAUGAAGAAGAUGAUGGUAAUCAGAUGGUAUGGAUGUACAUUGGAUCCUUGUCAGGAUUUGCAGUUGGAUUCUGGACUAUCUGGGGUGUCUUGAUCUUCAAAAAGAAGUGGAGAUAUGCCUACUUUCGGCACACAGACACUACUUGUGACAAUAUCCAUGUCUGGGUUGUUGUCAACUUUGUGAGGAUGAAGAGCAAGAUCAUGUCAAAGUCAAACCACUAGAAUUUUCUGUCAUCAUCUGUGUAAUUUUCUAGUAUAACUAUAGUCUGGUGUUGUGUAAUAUAUUAUCUGCUAUAUUAUUUAAUAACAAAUAUGCAUAUCACAGCUGCUGUAUUUUGAACCAUAUUCAUCACACCUCUUCUUCUUCUUCUUCUUUACUUGUUGAUUUGCGGCCUCAUCUUCG